UUCGCCGGAGGCAUCAAUCAGAUCAGCCUGCCUUUUGUGUGUCAGAUUGUCGGCAUCGUGCUCCACUACGCCUCUCUGUCCACCAUGCUGUGGUUAACAUUCACCGCUAGAAACAUCUGUAAAGACGUGUCCAAAGACCCGCUGAGGACUCAGGACAAGACCGGAGCGGGCCACACCCGGCCCAAACCCACAGUCCUCCGGUUUUAUCUGGUCAGCGACGGAAUCCCUCUGCUCAUCGUGGGGAUCACAGCCGCCUUCGGCCUGGAGAACUACGGCAGCAGGGACGACGCUCUGUACUGCUGGAUGGCCUGGGAGCCCAGCCUGGGGGGGUUCUACGCCCCCGUCAGCCUGCUGGUCCUGGUCAUGUCGGUCUACUUCCUGUGGACGUUCGUCCAGCUGAAGCGCCACCCGGAGAGGAAGUACGAGCUGCGGCUGCUGACGGAGGAGCAGCAGCAGCUGUCCUCCGCCGAGUCCUGCAACCCGGACGGGGGGACGGCCCCGGGGCCCGCCGGGGACUGCCCCCCCUUCGCCGCGGGGGUGUCGGUGCUGGCCAACGAGCACUCCUUCAAGUCUCAGCUGCGGGCCACGGCCUUCACGCUGUUCCUGGUCCUGUCCACGUGGGCGCUGGGCGCGCUGGCGGUCUCCAUGGGACACUUCCUGGACAUGGUCUUCAGCUGCCUGUACGGCGCCUUCUGCGUGACGCUGGGCCUCUUCCUGCUCAUCCAGCACUGCGCCAAGCGGGACGACGUCUGGCACCGCUGGUGGGCCUGCUGUCCGUCCAAGACCAAGACGGAGGACGGGGGCGGGGACGGGCGGCGGCCGGACGUCCAUCAGCCGCACUGCCACAUGAGCUCCCCGGGCUCGGGCAAGCAGCCGCUGCUGUCCCCGCCCCUCAUGCACGCCUCCUUCCACAAGAUGACUCCGCCCCCCCAGAGCCCGACGCCCAACCACACGGGGCCGUGCUGCGUCGCCGUCAUGAGCCCCGUGAACUCCGCCCCCGUCUCGUCUCUGGCGGAGCCGGCGUCCUCGCCGCGGCCGCAGUCGCUGCCCGACGAGCUGCCCCGCCCGCCCCUCCCCCUGCAGAGCUGCCUGAGCGACCGGGCCAAGUCCCGCUCCUUCAGCCGGCCCCGCCCCUGCCUCCAGGACUACCGCGCUCACAUGGCCUCGGCCAGCAUGGACGGCAGCGUGCACGGCUCGCACCUGGACAGCCCCCUCGCCGCGCACCGCCCGGACGCCUCGCCGCUCCCGGACCUCCAGCUGCCAUGCCCCAGCCCCCACCUGGACAAGCAGCUGGCGUCCUGCCAGGCGCUGCAGCGCCAGACGUCCUGCCAGAGCGUGCAGGACUCCAUCGCCUCCUGCCACGCCCUCAACAUGCACGACAGCAUCACGUCCUGCCACAGCCUGCUGCUGCCGCCCCAGGGCGCCGCCGCCUGCCAGUGGCACCUGUACGGCUCGGCCGACCCCCCGCCCGGCGCCGCCGAGCCCUUCGCCGCGCCGUACCAGCAGAUCCCCGACAGCUACGGCUGCCCGCCGCGGGCCGCCGACAGGGACAGGGAUCUCCUGUCGGUGGAGGCGGAGCAGAGAGGCUUCCCCAGGAACACGCUGCCGCGGCAACACGCCACCAUGAGCCGGCGGGCGGCCAUCGGCCGGAACAGGAGCCUGCAGGAGGACGGCCUGUUCGGGUCGGACGCCACCGGGAACAUCCGGACUGGCCCCUGGAAGAACGAGACCACGGUAUAG